UUCGACUGUAAAUACAGACUCGGCUGUUCGUCUCAUUUCGCUCGGCGGCUGCGGCGUGGCGGCUUUUGGGGGACGGGAUGCUGUGACACUCAUGUCAAAUGAACAGAAAUGCCACGGAGCUUUUUGGGUGGGUGUGGGUGUCAUUCACCUGAUCACCGAGCUUGCAGUUUAACCCGAGUGAAGGCGAAGAAAAGAGAAUGCUAAAGGAUGAGUCAGAGGGACACACUGGUUCAUCUGUUUGCUGGAGGCUGUGGGGGCACAGUCGGCGCCAUCUUGACGUGUCCACUGGAGGUUGUAAAGACGAGGCUGCAGUCUUCCUCGGUGACGCUCUACAUCUCUGAGGUGCAGCUGAGCUCCGUGAACGGGGCCAGCGUCGCCCGUAUGUCCCCUCCCGGACCCCUGCACUGCCUUAAAUUGAUUUUGGAGCGAGAAGGUCCUCGUUCGCUCUUUCGUGGCCUCGGACCUAACCUGGUGGGAGUGGCUCCGUCCAGAGCGAUCUACUUUGCGGCCUACUCAACGGCCAAAGAGAAGCUAAAUGGCGUACUUGAGCCUGACUCCACGCAGGUGCACAUGGUCUCUGCCGGCCUUGCAGGGUUCACAGCGAUCACGGCCACCAAUCCUAUCUGGCUCAUAAAGACUCGCCUACAGUUGGAUGCCAGGAACCGUGGAGAGAGGCGCAUGAGCGCAUUUGAGUGUGUUAGGCGCGUGUAUAAAGCCGACGGACUACGCGGCUUUUACCGUGGCAUGUCGGCCUCCUAUGCGGGCAUCUCUGAGACUGUCAUUCAUUUCGUCACCUAUGAGAGCAUCAAGCGCAAGCUCCUCGAAUCCAAGGCGAGUGCCAACAUGGAUGAUGAAGACGAAUCGGUGAAGGACGCCUCUGACUUCGUAGGCAUGAUGCUGGCCGCUGCCACCUCCAAAACCUGCGCCACAUCCAUCGCGUAUCCACAUGAGGUGGUCCGUACGCGGUUGCGAGAGGAGGGCAGCAAGUACCGUUCGUUCUUCCAGACUCUAAGCAUGGUGGUUCAAGAGGAAGGAUACAGAGCACUGUAUCGAGGCCUCACCACCCACCUUGUCCGCCAGAUCCCCAACACAGCCAUCAUGAUGUGCACCUACGAGCUGGUUGUCUACCUGCUCAACGGCUAAAACCGUAGAAGAAGAGACGGUCAAGAGAAAGAGGAGGGCGAUUGAGAGUGGACAGCGCAAAGAGAAAUUUGUCCCUUUACGAGACCAAAGGAAGCAGAGAGAGAGACAGAAAGACAGAGAGGGUAAGGACAAAAGAGCUUUAUGGGCCAGACCUCAAGGAGGUGCUGUUGGCACAUGGCAGGAAUUAGUGCUGGUUUUGAAGCAACAAAAGUGGAAGCUUGCUUCAAACCAAGCCAAAAGAGAGAUGAGAGAGGUAGGAAAGUAAGGAAAGUUGGCCUGUUUCUCUUCUGAAUCUGUAAUGUGAUGCAGUCCUUACAGGACUGUCAAGAGGGGAAUGCUUGAAAAUUAGUUAAUGUCAACUGAAUUCAUUCACAAUGAGAAUUUUUGGCCAUUUCCUUCUGAAAUUCUGAAUGCUUCUCUUAUGAAGAUAUAUAUAUAUAUAUAUAUAUAUAUAUAUAUAUAUAUAUAUAUAUAUAUAUAUAUAUAUAUAUUUGGGGGUUUUUUUUGUUUUGUUUUUUCAUUUGCAAAACUUUCAGUGUCAUCCUGGCAGCCAGCAACAAAAUCAGUUUCAUAUUUGCCACUGAUGUCUCAAACAUGAGCAAAGAAUUGUUUACUUUCAAACAUUUCCCUCUAGAGGUCAGGGUUUCCACAGUGAUGAUGGCUCCCCACGCACACAUGAACGCUUGGCGUUUGAUCCACGUGUCGACGCCAAGCAAUCAGAUGCGUGAUCCUUUUUUUGCCUACUUCAAACUGAAGUGUUCUCUGUUCUGUUUGGAUUUUUUGAACAUCCUUCUUGUCUGAGUGUUUAUAAUGACCCUACCUUUUUUUUCCCUACUACAUGUCUGUUAAUACCCACAUGACUGGCGAUAGAGGAGACACUGGCUAGGACUAGAAAAUGGCGGUACUUGAAUUAAAAAGCUCUCAGUAUUUUAUCCAGGAAACACAAAAUAUCAAGGAAUUAACUCAUGUCCCACUUAACUCUUUUCCUGUGGUUACACAAAGCUCCAAAAAUUCGUUCCACCCUUCCGCUUCCCCAGACAGUGGCUUUACUGACUUUUACUUUAUAUAUAUAUAUAUAUAUAUAUAUAUAUAUAUAUAUAUAUAUAUAUAUAUAUAUAUAUAUAUAUAUAUAUAUAUAUAUAUAUAUAAAAAUAUGCACUUUGUAGCGUUUCCAGGCUACAUGAUCUUUUAUGUUUUCUGUGUUUGGACAGUUUACUAUAGAACUUGUAUUAUAAGACAUAGAAUUUACUGUAUAAGCAAGACAGUGUUUUGUGCCACAGUUCCUUUUGGAGGCUGUUGUACAGAUCAGUCUAGUAAACUUCUUCUAGUGAAGGACAUCCCUGUGUUUGUGUAUAUAGUAUGUAUAGAAAUAUGUAUGUAUGUAUGUAUGUAUGUAUGUAUGCAUAUUAGUUAUUCAGUGUUCCUAUGGUUAUGCAGUAGGUUGUACCAGAAAUGAAUGAACGUCCUGGGUUCAUUUUAGAUUUUGCGUUAACACAAGGGAUGCAUCGAUGUCGAUACUGAUAAGGUUCUCAUUACCUGAUUUAAAAAAUAAAUAAAUACAUUUUAAGAUAUGCUCUGAUCCCCAUAUCUGAUACGGCGUGCUAUUAUGUGACAUAGUGUAUGUUGCCACACUAGUGACCAAAAAUUAUUCUGGACAUAUUUCUUGCUUAAUGACUACCACUCAAAGCUAAGCAGACUCUCAGUGAAAAUAUCAAGCUCACAGUUUGUGUGUGUGUAUGUAUAAAUAUAUAUUAAUAUAUAUUACACCCGCACAUACACAUAUAUAUUUGUGUAAGACACAAUUCAGCAUUAGGAGCAGGACAUGGCAGCAACUAACAUAAACAGAGCUAAAUAUGUUCCCUUGAUCUCAGUGAGUACAAAAAAAUGUGUACUCCUAUUUAAAAAUAAAUUAAAAAACGAUAUCGAUGCAUCCCUAUUUGUUCAAUAUCCCCCCCCCCCUUUUUUUUAAAAUUGAGUCUCAUUCCCAGUUUAUAUCUGUGACUAAUGCAACGUUUUGCUACUAUUUAAUUCACAAAGUAUUAUGAAGGAGCUCAAUGUUUCAUUCAGACAACUCCCCCAAGAUGAACCUCUUCUUAUUUCAAGCCACACUUUCUUUAUUAUAAGCAGUUUCCUUAUAAUAAGGACGUUCUAAAUAGUCGCCGUCUGCAUAUGCAAACCUUACGAUUGGUCCUAUACAAAAAUUUUAAAAUUUUUGAUUUAAAAAAAUAAAAUAAAAAAAGUCUACGUUUGUCCUCAGUAUUAAUAAAUCCCAAGAGCCGGUAUAAGAACACCUCUCCCAACAUCCUUUGCUGCUAACCAGGCUUAUGGUGUAUUAUAUUUAAUCCUGAAUGACAAAUACAUGACACAUAUUUGGCACAAAAUGUCACAAGAUUAGCAUGUGUAAUUAAAAUUCAUGCAUGUUUUAAUUAUGGCUUUAAAAAAAAAAAAAAGAUUUCUGAUGUAAAUAAUAGGCCAGUACUAUGAUAUAAAAUGACUAAUGAUCAUUAAAUAACAUUAUUAUGAUCAUUAAAUAAAGUGUUUAUGCAGUAUUCAUAGAAAUAACACAUGUUUUUGAUUGAUUAACUGAUUAACAACUGAUUAACUGAACCAUGUACUGCUAAGUGAAUUUGCAAAAUAUUGGCCUUCCAAACAAACUUUGAAUGAAAUUCAUUUACCGCAGACACUUUUUUUGGCAAUUCAUCUCAAAUGCAAAAUGUUUUAAAACUGAUUCCGUACACCGCAUUUACAUUUUAAGGUUUGUAUCGUAAUUCAGAUGUUAGUGAAUAAAAAAUAAAAAAAAAGUAGUUUUCUUGCAUCUUCACAUUGGGUCAACACUAACAAUGAACUGGUCACAUAUCAUCUUUUGAUGUUUUUCUUUUUGUGUGUGUGAAAAAAUGUGACCUUUGCUGGUUGUGUAAUAUCAUACCUCCUUUUUUUUGUACAAGAAUGAGUAAAUAAAUAAAUAAAUUUUAAAAAAGCACAUAAA